AUGUUCAGAACUCCAUUAAUCAAAUUGGUAACUCCUGUCUCUACAAGGACUUUUGCCACCACACCAAGAGUUUUGGGAACCAAAGUUUUCUUCAAAACAUCGAUUGAUGGCGAAGUCCAACCACCAAUUAAAUUCGAACUUUACGAUGAUGUUGUCCCCAAGACUGCAGAGAACUUCAAGGUCUUGGCAACUGGUGAAAAAGGUGUCGGAUAUGCUGGCUCUAUCUUUCACAGAGUUAUCCCUCAAUUCAUGUUGCAAGGUGGUGAUUUCGAAACCGGAAAGGGAUAUGGUGGUUACUCUCCAAUUUACGGUAAGAAAUUCGCCGACGAGAACUUUACAAAGAAGCACGAUAGACCAGGUUUGUUGUCCAUGGCCAAUGCUGGACCAAACACCAAUGGAUCGCAAUUCUUUAUCACCACCGUCUCUACUCCUUGGUUAGAUGGUGCUCAUGUUGUUUUUGGUGAAGUUAUUGAAGGAUACGACGUUGUUAAAAAAAUUGAGAGCUAUGGUACUCAAAGUGGUGCCACCACUGCCAGAAUUGUUAUUGAAGAAUCUGGUGUCGAAGAUGAGAGUAAAUAG